AUGAGUUCCAUCGACCUGGUCUUCGCGCACUUCAGCGAUGGAGUUCGAGGACUUCCGGCGGAACGACUCGGGCAGGCCAUGUGGAUCCUGGGGAUGAACCCCACGGAGGAUCAGGUCUACAAACACUUGGCAGAUCUUGGUCGCCCAUACAUCGACCAAGCGACGUUUCACCGUUUCAUCCAGGACGAAUUGACAAAGUAUCUCGAACAGGUUCAGGCUGUGGUUGACUAUUUGAAGCAAUAUGACACGGACAACAAGGGCGCCUUGUCCACUGAAGAAGUUCAAGCAGCGAUCAGAGGAAGUGGGCUGAGCCAGAAGAAGCUCCAGGCAAGUGUUGCAAAGAUGCCAAGUAACAGUAAAGGUCAGCUGGAUAUUGUGGAGCUGGCAACGUGUUUUCUGGAGCUGGGUGACUCUGAGGAAAUGCUUGAGCCAUCGGAGGCAGAGAAAGAGAGAGCAUCUGCGAGUGAAGCAGAUAGCAAAGCAGUCAAAAUUCAGGUGGUCAAGGAUGCCGUAUCAGCUGAUGCCGAGGCAGGCACAACCGAUGCUGAACAAUGCAGAGAGACCCGAGCUGCUGAGGAGAGCGCCAGUGGCCCAGCAGCCUACAGCACGAUGUUCAGCGAUGUCAUCGCUUCCACGAACGCUGUCUUCAGAUAUUUCUCCCAGCCUUCUGGGGUUCCCGCGGAACGACUUGGACAUGCCAUGGCUAUUCUUGGGAUGAACCCCACGGAAGAUGAGGUCAAAAAGCAUUUGGCAGGUCUCGGUGGUCCAAAAUACAUUGACCAAAAGAUGUUUCACCGUUUCAUAGAGGAGGAAUUGGGAAAGCUGAUUCCGAAAGUUCAGGAAUUGCUGGACUAUCUAAAGCAGUUUGACACGGACGGUAAAGGCGCAUUGUCAGAGGAAGAGCUGCAAGAAGUGAUGAGAGGAAGUGAGCUGAGCCAGGACAAAGUCCAGGCCAGGCCAGUCUUCGGAAGCUGCCGAGGAACAGCGCCCUGGACGCAAGUAGACCCGCCAACCCAUGCCACAGAUGCAGGUGAAGGUCACCUGGACAUCGUGAAACUGUCCAAGUACUUCUUGGAGCUUGGCAACUCUCAGGUUGAAGCUGACGACUCGAUUCCCGGUACAGCGAAAACUAGGCAGGAUGUCGCCUCCCAGGUGCGAGAAGCCAUUGCCAAAGCGGCCGACGCAGAAGCUCGAUACGGCUUGAAAGAUCCACAGGCUUUCGCCCAAUUCCUACAAGAUUCGGAUGUUCGGUUGGUACGAGCCAAGUACUUGGUAGACUUGGUUCUCUCCAAACGGCCGUUGCCGAGACGGCAAGAAGCUGAAACCGAGACCUUCACGUGUGGUGGCGAGCGUCAGAGUGCGUUGGUGACGCACAAAGAAGUGCAAAAUUGGGCCAAGGGGACCCAGGAGGCGAUCAUUUGUUCCAUUUCCCACGCCUGGGAAACCAGGGAACAUCCAGAUCCGUGUCGGCACCAAUUGCAGCAGAUCGUCAAUCAUACUGGACUGUACGGUGCUGCAUUCGAAGCAGACAUUUGGAUCUUCUAUGAUUACAGCUCGCUCUUCCAAUACGAAAGAACCAACUCACAUGAAGAGAGGAGCUUUCGAAAGGCGAUGAACAACAUGCACCUCAUGUAUGCUCACGAAUGCACUUUGACAUUCAGGAUCGAAACCCUUACUCCAGAGCAUGUUUGGAACACCAUGAUGGCUGAUGAAGAAGCUGUUGUCCGAGUGUAUGAUGCAGGCAGCAAGACUCUGAAAGAGAAGCCCUUGAAGCUCUUGGAAGCCAACAGAACUCCAUACUUACAGCGAGGGUGGUGUAUGGCAGAAAUCGAAUGGUCAUCUCUGAGAGGAGUGAAUGCACAACAUCAACACAUCGACAGACCGAAGGAUCCGAAGUCUGAGACGCAGAAAUCCGAUCAUCUCAAUGGGAGAGUGCCUAUGAUCCCUGCGAAUUUCAGGCAGCAAAUGGAGCAAGCAAAGUUCACCCAUCGCUCGGAUGCUGAUGCAGUGAUCUAUUUGCAACAGAAGAUUUUCAGGGAGAAGGUGAUCGAAUGCCAACACUUGGUGUUGGAAGGCCUUCCGGCCCAAGAGAUCUUGGCGCUAGCGCGUGCGCUCCCACACUACGAAAAUCUGAAGAGCCUGACGGUGAGGAGGUUUCAAUGUGGCGAGGAAGAGGCAACGUCCCCAGGGAAGGCUUUGGCAUCAAGUCAAGUGGAGACGCUUGAAAUCCGUGGCAUCGGUGAAAGUGGCCGCUUCAUGGUGAAGGCUCUCGCGGAAACCUUGAAGACCAAUAGCUCCGUGCGGGACAUGAAUUUGGCACAUAACAAGAUUGGUCCCGAGGGAGCUCAGGCUCUCGCGGGAGCCUUGAAGAUCAAUAGCUCCGUGCGGGACAUGAAUUUGGCACGGAAUGACAUCGAUGACACGGGAGCUCAGGCCUGGCCUGUUUCGGAUGUCUUGGGCUCUUUGGCAUAG